AUGGAAGCCAAUCUCAAUCUUACUAUAGACGUCAGUUUAGCAGACAAUUUGGAUACGACUGUGCCUGUCGUUUAUACCACCGGUAUUGUUGUUGCUCUAAUACUGUCAUUUUUCAUCGUAAUCACCGUCUGUGGGCAACUGCUUGUUAUUCUAGCAAUUAUUACCGAGAAAGCUCUGCGUACACCCAGUAACUACUGCAUUAUUAGCCUUGCCCUUACCGACCUAAUAUUGGCGGUCAUCGUUAUGCCAAUUGCUAUGCUUAUGGAGAUAUGGGGAGGCGUGUGGUUCUUCGGGAAGCAUUUCUGUGAUGUUUUUAUUUUCUUCGAUGUUCUGUGUUGCACGGCUUCCAUAUAUAAUCUCUGUUUAAUCAGCCUCGAUCGUUAUCUCAGUAUCAUUUCGCCCAUUCGAUACUCAGUGCGUCGUACACCCACGAGGGCGCUUGUCGGGAUAAUCAUCUGUUGGAGUAUUUGCAUCUUGAUUAGUGUGAUCCGACCAAUAGGAUGGAAGACAGUUUCUGGGGAUGCACAUUUCUGCGGACUUGUCAAUGGUGGAUUCCGGAUUUUCUCCUCGCUGCUCUCAUUCUACGUACCGCUUGUUGUAAUGUUAUUUGUGUACUACAAAAUGUUUCAAGCUGCGAGGAGCAGGCUAAAGAAAAUCCGAGAUGUGGGCGGCGGGACCGUGCACGUGUUAGCCAUUAGUGAGUGCGAGAUCAGGCAGAACUCAUCAUCUGUUUCUAACCCAACAGACUCAUCGCGUGGGAGACGCGCGAUGCCUAGUAACUCACACGCAAAUGGGAGACAGUAUGCCUGGCCCGAGACAACUGAUACGAAUCCUGACCAUACUGUAGAACUUGCAAGCGAAUCGGGAAACGUGAACACGCAGUCUCAGAACGUGUCGUCAUAUCAACCCGGAACGCAAAGAAAUAUACCGGAAAGAAUAUCAGGACAGUCGAAUAGUUUAGGCAAAAAUGUAGGCAAAAAGGGGGAUAGGUUCUCUCUCGCUAAAGAACGGAAGGCCGCGAGAACUUUAGGUGUGGUGAUGGGAGCGUUCAUCGCUUGCUGGGCUCCAUUCUUUCUCUUCAACGUCAUAGUGCCAUACUGUCACACUUGUAAAGUAACUCCCGCGUUAUUCAGCGUUCUCACGUGGCUUGGUUAUGCUAACUCCAUGCUCAAUCCUUUUAUUUACACUUACUUCAAUAAAGACUUCAGAAAAGCUUUCAAACGUUUAGUAUCAUGCGGACAUUGGCAGUAG